GCAUCGGUUGUCUGCUAGCGUGCUACUCAACGAAUUCAGGUGCCACUAGUGCUUUGAAUUUAGGGUGAAGGGUUAGUGCCGAGUGUGGAGUUGUCACUAUUAGUAUCUCGCAAAUAAACUAAUUCAAGAAAUGGCUACUUCGUCGGGUAUGGUAUUAAAGAUAACCGCACUAACGAGUGUGGGUUUGGGUGGUUGGUUCGCGGGUCAACUUUUCGAGAAAUGGAAACACGUCAGACAAAACCGAGACAGCCAGACUAGUCUUCUCUCAGAAAUAAGCAUCAAAAACAUGCCCGGACUUCCAAUUUUCGGAACAGUUUCAGCUGCAACUCCCAUGCUUCCCCCGGAAAAUAAUGUCGGACCAGUAACACCAAGCCUUUCAGCAACUGCAUCCAGAGUCUCACAGAUUAUGAAAUUUGGUUUCCCUGGUCUCGAUCAUGUAAGAUCAUUCGAUGAUUUUGUACUAUCGUACGAUAGACGCAACAGAGUUGCUCACUGGGUGUUCGAGCAUCUUUCCAAAGAUAAUGUAAAGUACAAUGAGGGUGUAGAUAGAUCCAAGUGCGAGUUUCUACCUGAUGAAAGUAUACAUCCAUACUUUAGAUCGGACAAUGCAGAUUACAAACGCAGUGGUUAUGAUCGUGGUCACUUAGCAGCAGCUGGAAAUCACAAAGCGCAUCAAAAACAUGUAGAACAAACAUUUUAUCUAUCAAAUAUUGCACCACAAGUUGGUGUUGGUUUUAAUAGAAAUGCUUGGAAUAGGCUAGAACGGUAUGUGCGAAAAAUGACCGAUGUUUACACUGAUGUGUAUGUUUGCACUGGACCGUUAUAUCUUCCCAAAAAAGAGGCAGAUGGAAAAAAAUAUGUUAGAUAUGAAGUAAUUGGUACAAACCAUGUUGCUGUACCCACGCACUUCUACAAAAUAAUUGUUGGAGAGACUAAAGAUUCAAAAUUAGAAAUGGAGGCCUUUGUAAUGCCAAAUGUUCCAAUUGACGACUCCACACCUCUCACCAAUUUUCAGGUGCCUCCAGAAAGUAUCGAACGUGCAGCUGGCCUUUUAUUCUUUGAUAAAAUAUCACGCAACAAGCUAGCCAAAGUUAAUGGCAAGCGUGUUGGAUGGGUGUAACGUUCAAUUAAUGUAGAAAUCAAAUUCAUUAUAGCUAUAUUUUAUCUUAUUUGACUAGACUAAUAUGUUGAAUUCAUUUUAAGUGCAAUGUAAAUACUGAAAUAAUACCUUCUAGAUAGCUAAAGUAUUUAUCAUUUUUGAACUUUUACCAUCACUCAAGUGAUGGCACGUGAAAAAGUUUAUUUAAAAGCAAUUUCAAACCGAAGUGAAGUAGGCUUGAAAAUUUUCGUCUUAUCUGGCUUCAUACAAAUUUGAAAAAAGUUAGAAAACUUCUAAUUUAUUUUCUAGUUUCACUUUCAUGUGAAUAUUGGAUAAUAUUUCAAAUGAAAAAUAAAUAUUUUUACAUGUU